AUGGCGUCCACUUCUGCAUCUAGCAGCCAGACGAGCACAGCUGCGAUCAUCGGAGGAGGUCCCGUUGGCUGUCUGGCCGCUCUAGGAUUGGCCGAACGAGGAUUCUCAGUGACAAUGUACGAAAGUCGGAGCGAGGCGGAAGCGCAGGCGCCGUCACUUCGAAGUAUCAACCUUGCCAUCUCUACGCGAGGUCUGGCCGGUCUGAGCAGCGUGAGCGAGUCGCUGGCAAGCGAUGUUCUGGCUCGCGCUGUACCUAUGCGAGGAAGAAUGAUUCAUUCGCAACGAGGAGAACAGCAGAGUCAGAGAUACGGAGCAGAGGGAGAAUGCAUACACUCGGUAGAUAGAGCCCGGUUGAACAGGUUGUUGCUGGAACGAGCGCAAAAGCAUGCAAGAGUGGAGGUGGUGUACGAGCACAAGCUGAGGGGAUUGGACCUGGAUGCGCAACCGGCGCAGCUCACCUUUGCUGGAGCGCCUGGAGCACGCGCGGCAGAUCUGGUGGUCGGAUGCGAUGGCAUGCAUUCGGCUGUGAGGGACAGCGUGGCUCGAGCGACCACUUUGGAUUUCGCGAGGGAAUACAUCGACUCUUUGUACGUCGAGCUAUCCAUGCCAGCAGCCAAGCCGGGCCAAGCGAGCCUGCAAGGAGGUUUCGUCAUCGAUCCACAUCAUCUUCACAUUUGGCCACGGCACAGCUUUAUGCUCAUCGCUCUUCCCAAUCCCGACAAGACCUUUACCUGCACCCUCUUUGCCCCCGCUCACAUCUUUCAGCAUCAUCUCUCCGACCCCACAUCCACCAUUGCCUUUUUUGAGCAACACUUUGCGGAUGCGCUGCCUUUGAUCGGCCGACACGCUAUCGUGAAGGACAUUUUGUCUCGCAAGCCUAGUCCUUUGGCUAGCGUGAAAGCCAAACCCUACCACUACGCCGACAAGGCAAUCUUCAUUGGCGAUGCGGCUCAUGCCAUGCUACCAUUCUACGGACAAGGCUUGAACUGUGGCUUUGAGGAUGUGCGGGUUCUUCUGCAACUCAUAGACAAGCAUUCUUCUCGCCAAACAAAUGGGACCGACGUCCCCCAUAGGACGUCCGAUCCGAAGCGCGCCCUAGGGCCUGCCCUCGCCGAGUACUCCAACACCAGACACGACGACCUGGUGGCGAUCUGCGAGCUGGCGAAGAACAACUACAUAGAAAUGUCAAGCAAGGGUGAGUGGCAGGUGUUUGCUUUGCUUUCCAGGGUCUGCAUCCAGCUAUGACUUUGCGAGAUUCCUUGUUGUUGCUUACCCUAUAUUUGACGCUCUUGUCACACAACAGUCAUUUCGCGGACGUAUCUGCUGCGCAAAGCGUUAGACACGGUGUUGAUGAGUAUUCUGCCUCGAUCAAUAUGGUCAAGCCUAUACUCCAUGGUCACCUUUUCCAAUUUGCCCUACUCACAAGCUAGAGAUAGAGAGAGGAGGCAAGCAAAAGUGGUCGAGGAUGGUGUUGCUGUCCUUGGUGUUGGCACUUUGGCACUUGGCUUGUUUGCGGGAGUCAGGACCUACGAACGGCUAGCGAGGUAA